AUGCGCGCGAUUCAAGUUCAGGAAUACGUCAAGGGUCCGCUGGACCUGGUAGUGUCGACUCUUCCCACGCCGUCCCCAAGCGCGGACAAGUACCUAAUCAGAAUACAUGCGGCAGGAACCAAUUUCUUCGACCUGCUUCAGAUACAAGGCAAAUACCAACAUCAACCACCACUUCCGUGGAUUUCGGGUACCGAAUUCGCUGGUGUUGUCCUCAGCGCCCCCACAGCCAGCAAGAAUCCUCGAUUUGCCGUUGGGGAUCGAGUGUUUGGUGCCACUCAGGGGGCAUAUGCCACCCAUAUCCUCGCUGGCGAAACUUCGCUAUUCCCGCUACCACAAGGUUGGAGCUUUGAAGAUGCCGCAGGGCUAUUUGUUACCGCUCCUACCUCGUACGGUGGACUAGUCCACAGGGCCAAAGUACAAAAAGGGGAUUGGGUCCUUGUCCAUGCCGCGGCCGGCGGUGUAGGACUCGCCGCGGUUCAAGUCGCCAAGGCUAAAGGAGCUACGGUAAUUGCCACGGCAGGUACUGAGAGAAAGAGACAAAUAGCACAGGGCUUUGGAGCCGAUUAUACGAUUGACUACAGAGACCCAAAUUGGCCCGAUGCAGUAAAGAAACUAUGUGCGGAGAACAGGAGCGGAAACGGCAAGGCUGGUGUGGAUAUUGUGUACGAUCCAGUCGGUAUGAUUGAGCAGAGCCUGAAAUGCGUCGCAUGGAAUGCUCGACUCCUGGUCAUCGGGUUUGCAGCCGGAAAGAUCGAGAAGGUUGCUCUCAAUAGGGUGUUAUUGAAAAAUGUGAGCAUCGUGGGCUUGCAUUGGGGUCAGUAUGCCACCUUUGAGAAGGAGACGGUGCAAUCCGUGUGGAACGGGAUAUUUGACCUAAUCAAAGAAGGCAAGUUCAAGGGCACUAGCUUCACCGAUGAGAGGUUUGUUGGCUUAGAGUCUGUUCCCAAGGCACUGCGGGCGCUUGGGGGGCGACAAACUUGGGGUAAGGUCGUUGUACAGAUUCCCGAGGGUGAGGGUGCGAGCCAACCUAGUAAACUCUGA